AUGCAGACGAGAGACUUUAGAGGCUAUGUGAUCCAGGAGAGAAUACAGCGAGACGCAACCAGCAAGCUGCAUGUAAUCAUUGUCGGGGCCGGACUAGGCGGACUUGGUGCUGCCAUAUCAACACUUCUCGCCGGACAUGAAGUGACAGUCUUGGAAGCUGCCUCCAACAUUGGAGAAGUCGGAGCCGGCAUCCAAGUCUUACCGAACGCAGCGCGGAUUCUCUUUUCCUGGGGCCUGGAGGAGAAGCUAGAGAAGUUCGCCACAAAACCCCAAAAAUGCAACUUCAUCGGCUGGAAGGGCAACUUCUUGUCCGACAUGGACUAUCACGCGUACACCACUGCUGCGGGAGGCUUCCCAUUCUGGGACUUUCAUCGCUCCGACCUGCAUCGGUGCCUUCUUGAGCGGGCAGUCGAGCUCGGCGCCAAACUCGAAACCGGCGCCAAGGUCGACACAUUCACAGUCUCCCCAGACAACGCAACAGCAACAGUCUUCCUCGCCGACGGACGCAGAAUGUCUGGGGAUCUUGUUGUGGGGGCCGACGGCAUCAACUCGAAGCUGAGGGAAGAGUUCCUAUGCAGGCCGGAUCCGCCCCAGCUGACGGGAGAUCUGGCCUAUCGCCUCCUCCUGAACACUUCCGACAUGCUCAAAGACCCAGAACUGCGGAACUUUGUAGAGAACCCCCAGGUCAACUACUGGGUCGGCCCGGACAAGCACGCCGUCAACUACGUGCUCAAGGGCGGCAAGCUGUUCAACAUGGUUCUGCUUGUGCCGGAUGACAUGCCGAUCGACUGCGGUAACACCUUGCAAGGCGAUAUCGAGGAGAUGCGGGGCCACUUUGAGGGAUGGGACCCGAGGAUAAGCAAGAUGCUUCAGAUGUGCGAUGAGGUCCUCAAAUGGCGCCUCUGCAUCCGGCCCGGCCUGGAACCGACUUGGUCACACCCAUCUGGCGCCUUCACCAUGUUGGGAGACGCUGUGCACGCCACUCUGCCGUAUCUUGCCAGCGGGGCCGGGAUGGCGCUCGAAGACGGCGGGGUUCUUGGUUUAUGUCUCGCCCGGCUUACCGACAAGUCGCAGUCAUCAAAGCAGAAGGCUCUGAAGAUCUAUGAAGAAUGCCGUAGAGAAAGAACGGAAAGGGUCGUCCGCCGCGGCACCUACAACCAAUGGACGUACCACCUUCACGACGGUAAGGAACAGGUUGAGCGGGAUGAGAAGUUCAAGCGUUUUGGAGAAAUGGACGAAAGGUGGUUAAGAGAAGACUCGCCUGUUUUGCCGGAGUCCCAGGAGACUGGGGAUGAUCCCUUCCCUUGGAGAUAUCAUGGCGUAGGAAGAUGGUUGUUGACGUAUGAUAUGUGGAAGGAUAUUGAGUCAAAAUGUCCGUCAACUCCUCCGGCCUUCUCGCUUCAAGACUGCCAAGUUCCCCGGGCAAGCCUAUAG